CGAAUCAUCAAAAGUGCCCUGUGCUUGACAAAUUUCUCGUAAACAUGUGCCUGCAUCUCAAGCGUCAGCGCUUGUUCGCUUCAACUCAAGACUUGAGAGACUGAUCUGGAGACAAGACUGAUAAAUACGCACACAGAAGAUUUUCUUACUUUAAGUACAUAAGUACCGUAUCUUACACGAGUGAGUGAAUCUGCUCUCGCAACUUGCGACCGCGUUGGAAAGGAGCCAGGUGGUUUUGUUGUUACGAAAAUGCCAGUAGUCAGACGUAUUCCUGUCUAAAAGUACUUACGUGGUUAGUGUAUGUGAGUCUCUCUCUUUCUACUUCAUAUUAUAUAAAACCCAAAUCGCGAAAGUUUCGUGCAAGAAUUAACGCACGGCCCUUAUUUUUUCUCUCUUUGUCCCUUUAUUUUGUGUGCAAUGGUCUUCGGACACUAAUCACGUGUUGAGAGGAUCACUGAAGCCUAAGAAUAAAAAAAAAGGUAGUGAAUACUAAGUAUUUUGUGAGCGACCGGUGAACUUUAUUUGAACUUGUGUGUAUCAAGAUCAAAUCAACUUAUCCUAAGGGGGUCUUUUCCAAAAAAAAUGGAUGACCGAAUAGACAAAGAACUGUGCAACAUGUUACACAGAAUUUGGAACAUAGACAGUGAUGACUUUUAUUUUGAAGAUGAUUGCAUAGAGGAGAAUAUUGAUGAUAUUGUUAAACCGUUCACAGACGAUGGUGUUGCGAUACGGAAAAUAUUUGUUGGCAACAUAGCUCAGAGGACUACUCAUAAAGAUCUUGAAAAGUUAUUUUCCACUUAUGGAGAAUUGGACAGUUGUUUUGUGAAAAGGCAAAGUGGUAAAAGCAAUUUUGCUUUUGUAACUUUCAGAAACAAAGAUGAUGCUUUGAAAGCGGCAAAAGAUGGGUAUCAAAAAAAAAUUCAUCUCCACAAUAGGGAUUUGAGAGUUAUGCCAGCUGAUUCGUGGCAUCAGCCUGACAGUAUUGAGUAUCAAUCCAAAAAGGGUCCCAAAUUUACAGAAGAUUUUGUAUUUGAAUUAAAUGUUGAUGCUGAAAUUCAUAAGCUAAACGAUGAUUGCUUGAUUCAUAUAUUUUCAUACCUUCCCAUUGUCGAUCGAAUUGUCGUAGAAAGAGUUUGUCGGCGAUGGAAAGUGCUCAGUAAACAGUCGUGGUCAACCUUUAAAAAGCUAGACUUGAUGAAUUCAACUUGGGGAUUUGGCAAGCCGAAAACUCGAGGGGUCGAAUUGGACAGAGUCAAAUUCAACAAUUUCGCCAGUGAAAUAAUCGACACACCGAUUCUCCGUAAAGUUCUGCUUCGCUGCGGCCAGUUCCUCACACACAUCGAUAUCAGCCUUAGCACGGAUAGAUUAAAUGUCAGCACGCUAACAAUAAUUGGUAAGAUGUGCCCCAAUCUUCAGUACAUCAGCACACUCACUGUCACCCCCGCUGGUAUAAAGGCUCUUACAGAGAGCUGCAAGGAAAUUGAAACGUUGAGCUUGGGUCGUUGCUCCAAUAGUUGCGACAAUGAUUUGUCUCAACUAUUCCAAAAAAAUAAAAAGCUGCGGUACCUGAGGAUCAUGCAGAAUGCAAUGACCGGCAAGUGUCUACUGAAUCUGCCAGCGGAUUCCAUAGAGACGGUCAUUUUGAUCGAGUGCCGAAAUAUAUCACCGUGUUACUUUGCCAAUGCUAUUGAAAAACUUCACAACUUGCACACGUUAACAGUGACUAAAUGCGUAACAUUCAACGACCAGGCUGUGAAGGGGAUUAGUUCCUGCUCGAGAAAUUUAAAAGUUUUGAACUUCUGUGAUUAUUUUCCAAUGAUAAGAAAAUCAGUCAUGAUAAACCUUGCUGAUCUCAUUAAUUUGGAAACGCUAGAAGUUCCUACAAACGAUUCAGUCCACGAUGAAUUUUUAAUUGCCGUGGGAAAACAAUGCAAACAAUUGUCGACUGUCAACGUUAGCUCUUGCAACUUUGUAACGAAUGAAGGUUUGGCAAGUAUCACUUCGCUUCCGAAUCUUCAACAUUUAUCCAUAAAUUACCUGGGCAAAGUGACAGAUGAAGUUCUGACUUUGAUGCCAAACCUGCGCACAAUGGAAUGUCGAGGCUGUCCGAGAAUAAAAAACACGGGCCUUUGUACACUCCUUGAGGAGUCGCACAAUCUCGAGUUACUCGAUUUUUCGGGCUGCAACCAGAUAUCAAAUAAGCUCAUCGAAGUGGCUAUUGCUUCAACCAAGAGCCGUCCAAACAAUAUCCUUCUCAAAAUGUAUGUCGGUGGUACGACUGUCAAUACGAAGGCAAUAACAAAAGUCUCGCCGCUCCUUCAAGUGUUGAAUGUUGAUCUGUCCGAGGCGUAUCUGCGGCCCGACUUUGAGCACGAUGGAUUUUUUUGGGAUGAUGAUAUUGAUCAGGAAGACAUUGAUAUUGAAUACGACUCGCUCGACCAAUUGUCCGACGAUGCGGAUUCUCUGAUUCUUUUUGAUUAAAAUAAGCUUUUGUGAUAAUAAUGUUGUAUAAAUGAAAAUGGCUAAUCUUUUGAUAUAUUUAUUACCUGUAGCGACGGUUAUUAUUACUCUUUAGUAUUCAUGUGCAGUGUGAUAGUUUUAAGUAACCAUUAAUAUAUUUUGUUACGUUUUUGUUAUUUUACACUGCAAUUAACUUAUUGUAGUAGUUUUAAUAUUAAUUUUCUAAAUGUAUAGAAAGAAAUUUUUAAAUCAGAAUAUUAUUACUUUCAUAUUAUAUAAAUCAGCUGUUUAUUAAAUAGUAUUAACUUUAUCUACAAAAACUUUUUAAUGAUGAGAGCUUACAGUCAGAUGAUUUUUUGAUUGAAAAAACUUUCACUUUAUUUCUAAGCUCAAAAUAAUGCUUCUUACAAAAAAAAAAUUAAUUAUAAAAGAAAUUAUUCACUGUUUGCCGCUGUUCAAUUGAUAGAAGCUUAAAUAAUUGUACAUACAAACGUAAUCCCAUCGUGAUAAAAAUAAUUACAAUACAAAAGCCCUUACUUAUUUUUGAUAUUACGUUCCAUAUCAAUAUCGUCGCAAAAAACGCAAUAUGUUAUAACAUUAUAAAUUUUUAAAGUUGCGCGCUCGUCUUAAGCGAUUAUAGUUUUCAUAGGCCUACUUUAUAAUUAUGAAAAUAGUAAAAAAAUGUAUAAAUGCGAGCAACAUAAUUUGCCAAAAGAACAUACAUUACGUACGUGUUGUAAUAAGCGUUUUUUAAAUAUAAAUAUGACUAGUCUUUUUUCAUGUUAUUUUGUUAAAUUUUGAUACAAGCUGGCAAAUGUACACAAAAUAAAUUCAUAAUAACUA